AAAUGAAAAAAAAAUAACACGAAGGUUUCGUCUUUCAGACCAAGAACACACCGAGAGCGAGCGAAACACAAAGAUAUUGCACAGCGAGACAAAGAAAGAGAGAGAGAGAGAGAGAUAGAAAUAGAAAGGAAGGAAGAGAGAGACAGAGAGAGACAGAGAGAGAGAGAGAUUUUUCUCAGGAAGAUUGUAAAUUCGAACUACAAUUUUCUCGGAAUUUCUCGAUCUGUGUUGUUUUUACACGCUGUUCGAUUCAGAGCUACCAAGGAAUUUUUUUCCGAUCUGAGUUUUCAGCUCCAAAAUUGUCUCGGGUUCUGAAAUUGGAGCGAGGAAUCGACAAACAUCGAAGCGAAUUGCAGUAUGAGCAUCAAUAGCCCCGGGAUAGGGGAGAAUUAGGGUUUUCGAGGUUGAAGAGGAAGUUUGUUGAUUUCCAUGGGCGAUGGAGGCGUCGCAUGCAUGCCUUUGCAGCAGCAACAACAUCAUAUGGAGAGGUUUCCUAUUUCGGAGAAGACAAUUUAUAGCAGCGGAGGCAAGAAUGGCAACAAUAAUAGCAGCAACAACAACAAUGGCUUCAAUUCCAAGUCGAUUAAGUACUCUGACAAUGACCGAAAGAAGAAGAUGGUGAAGGUCAAGAAGGAGCAAUUAGCUAAAAACAAUAACAACAACAACAACAGCAACAGCAACGGAGAGUUCGAAAAGAUUGAGUCUGUAUUGGAUAGAGGUAGGAAGAGUAGUAGGGAAGUUGAAAAUGGUGAAAUUUGUGCUGAGAAGUUGCAGCAGAAGGAUGAAGUGGAAGAAGGUGAAUUGGGUACUUUGAAUGGAGAGUAUGUGCCGCGAAGAAGCGAGAUUGAGAAGGGAGAAAUUGUUAGUGGUAGUGAGAAGUGGAGAAGAAGUGAGGUGGUGGAGAAGGGAGAGAUUGGUUAUGGGAAAUGGAGGAAGGAGGAGUUUGAGAAGGGUGAGAUAGUGCGGCGAGGAGAAGCUGAGAGAGGCGAAUUUGGGUUGUGGAGGGGCGGGAAAGAUGACAUUGAAAAGGGUGAGUUCAUUCCAGAUAGAUGGCAUAAAGGGGAAGGAGCAAGGGACGACUAUAAUUAUGGUAAGCCACGCAGAUACGAGACGGGUAAGGAUAAAGGGUGGAAAUUUGAACUCGAGCGUACCCCACCUUCUGGGAAGUAUUCAGGUGAUGAUGUUAUCCGCAGGAAAGAGCUUAACAGAAGUGGGAGUCAGCUUACCAAAAGUAAUCCCAGGUGGGAGAGUGGCCCAGAGAGGACUAUGAGGAUCAGUUCUAAAAUUGUUGACGAGGAAGGUUUGUAUAGGAAUGAAUACAGCAAUGGGAAGAAUCAUGGGAGAGAUUACUCUUCUGGUAACAGGUUGAAGCGUUUUGGCACUGAUUCAGAUAGUGGAGAGCGCAAAUAUUAUGGAGAUUAUGGGGAUUAUGCAGGUUCGAAAAGCCGGAGGCUUGGUGAUGACAGCAACCGUGCUGCCCAUUCAGAGCAUUAUGCACGUCGCUCUAUGGAGAGGUCUUACAGGAAUCCAGUUUCAUCGUCGAAAAUGCCUCCAUCAGAUAAGUACGCCUCCAGGCAUUAUGAGUCAUCUUUGUCUUCCAGAGUAGUUUAUGACAGACAUGGGCGUAGCCCUGGUCAUGCUGAGCGGUCCCCACGUGACAGGGCCCGGUAUUAUGAUCACCGUGACAGGAGUCCUCUCCGUCGUGAGAGAUCACCACAUGGUCGUGAGAGAUCCCCAUUUGCUCGUGAGAGAUCUCCAUAUGGUCGUGAGAGGUCCCCAUAUGAUCGGAAUCGGCACUAUGAUCAUAGAAAUCGAAGUCCUGCUUAUGCAGAGCGGUCCCCACAAGAUCGAGCUCGAAACCAUGACCGCAGGGAUAGGACUCCUAACUAUCUGGAGCGGUCCCCACUUGAUCGGAGUAGGCCCAGUAGCUACAGGGAAACUAGUCGUAAAGUUGGAACAAGUGAAAAGCGCAACUCUCAGAUUGCUAGUAAAGGGCAAGAAGAUAAGCUCACUGAGAGGGAUGCUAAUGGAAGAGAGUCACAGUAUUCAGCUAAAGAGUCUCAAGAUAAAAGCAGUGUUCAUGAUGUUAAUGGUCCUGUUGAGAAAAAUGUCGACAGUGAGCCUCACAAAGAAGAGCAGUCUGAGACUCCAAGCAUAAAUACCAAAGAAGCUCCUCAAGAAGAUGUGGUUCUUCCUGAAGAGCUGCCAUCUAUGGAAGAAGAUAUGGAUAUAUGCGACACACCACCACAUGUCCCUUUGUUGGCUGAUUCACCCACAGGGAAAUGGUUUUACCUUGAUUAUUAUGGCAUGGAAUGUGGGCCUUCUAAAUUGGGUGAUCUUAAAGCACUUGUGGAAGAAGGGGCUCUAAUGUCAGAUCACUUGAUCAAGCACUUAGAUAGUGAUAGGUGGGUAACUGUUGAAAAUGCAACUUCACCAUUGGUGACUGUGAAUUUCCCAUCCAUUGUGUCAGACACCAUAACUCAGUUGGUAAGCCCUCCAGAAGCUCCUGGGAAUCUCUUGGCUGAUAUUGGAGAAACUGGGCAAUCUGGUCUCCAGAGUGGCGAGGACCUGUCUGGCACUCUGUCAGAGCCAGUGCAUUGCACAGAUGAAAGUGCAGCUAUUUCUGAGCCUUCAGAAGAUCUUCACAUUGAUGAAAGAGUUGGAGCUCUGUUAGAGGGCUUUCCUGUUGUUCCUGGGAAGGAACUUGAGACUGUUGCAGAAGUUCUGCAAGUAAGGUUUGAACAUGUACAACAGGAGAUUUGGGGAAUUUCUGAAGGUUUCACUUGGAAUCAAACUUACAAUGACCAUUAUGAUCAGAAAACUGAUGAAUUAUCUGUAAUUCCUGAACUCAAAUCAAAAGAAGCUACAGAAUCCAGGUUAAUUGAAACUUCUGACAAGGAUCAUGUUUUUGCCUGUGGAGAAUCUUGUGACUGGUUUUUUGGCCCAUGGUCAUGCAAGGGUGGUGACUGGAAGAGGAAUGAAGAAGCUUCCCAGGAUAGAUCUUUCAGAAAGAAGCUUGUUCUCAAUGACGGUUUCCCACUAUGCCAUAUGCCAAAAUCUGGGUAUGAGGACCCUCGGUGGCAUCGAAAAGAUGACCUGUACUAUCCAUCUCAUAGCAAAAGGCUUGAUCUCCCUCUUUGGGCUUUUUCUUUAUCAGACCCUGCUGUCGCAAGGGGAGUGAAAGGAACUAUGCUUCCAGUUGUCAGGAUAAAUGCAUGUGUGGUUAAGGACCAAGGCUCAUUUGUUUCUGAUUCUCGCAUGAAAGUCCGAGGAAAGGAGAGACAUUCUUCAAGGUCUUCUCGGCCACAUUCUUCAAGUAGUGAUGGGAAGAGAUCGUCAGCAGAGCGUGAUUCUCAAUCAAAAAGUGUUGACGAUCAAGGUUCACAAGGCUCCUGGAAGUCCAUUGCUUCUAUUAACACUCCCAAAGACCGUCUUUGCACAGUCAAUGAUUUGCAAUUACAUUUGGGUGAUUGGUACUACCUUGAUGGUGCUGGGCAUGAACAAGGGCCUUCAUCAUUUUCACAGCUACAGGUCUCAGUGGAUCAAGGUACUAUUCAAAAACAUAGCAGUGUUUUCAGGAAAUUUGAUAGAAUUUGGGUUCCAGUUACCUCUGCUACAGAGACCUCUGAAGCCACUGUUAAGAGUGAACAGGAGAUUAAUUCUGCAACUGGUGAUUCUUCAAGACCUUUUGUUUCAGAAUAUCAUGGGACUGCUCCAGUUGAAUCUAAAACAAAAUCAAGUUCAUUUCACAACGUGCAUCCUCAAUUCAUUGGUUAUACUCGUGGAAAGUUACACGAAUUGGUAAUGAAAUCAUAUAAGAGCCGUGAGUUUGCUGCAGCCAUAAAUGAAGUCUUGGAUCCAUGGAUCAAUGCUAAACAGCCAAAGAAGGAGAUUGAGAAUCACAUCUACCGUAAAUCAGAAGGUGAUGCACGUGCUUCCAAGAGAGCCCGCUUGCUGGUUGAUGAGAUUGAUGAAGAUUUUGAAAUAGAAGAGGGCAUGCAGACAAUUCCAAGGGACGAAUCCACAUUUGAUGAUUUAUGUGGUGCUGCUACGUUUUACAAAGAGGAGAGUCCAAAUUCUGAAACUGAGAUGGGAAGCUGGGGUUUAUUGGAUGGUUGUGUGCUGGCACGAGUUUUUCAUUUUCUGAGAUCAGACAUCAAAUCCCUUCCCUUAGUUUCCUUGACUUGUAAACAUUGGAGAGCUGCAGUCAGUUUCUACAAGGACAUUUCUAGACAGAUUGACCUGUCAUCUCUGGGUCCUAUUUGUACUGAUGCGAUACUCUUGAGCAUCGUGAAUGGUUAUUGCAAAGAAAAGAUAAGUUCUAUCGUUCUAAAGGGUUGCACAAACAUUACCUCCAGCACGCUUGAAGAGAUUCUUCAUUCAUUUCCUUGUCUAUCUUUUAUAGAUAUCAGAGGUUGCAGCCAGUUUGGCGAGUUGGCUCUCAAAUUUGCGAAUGUGAACUGGGUCAAGAGCCGACUCUCACGCGAUACUAAGUUCUUUGAUGAAUCAUAUUCUAAAAUAAGGAGUCUUAAACAGAUUACUGAGAAAGGUUCAUCAGCUUUGAAAAAGGGUCUGGGUAGUGAUGCGGAUGAUUUUGGUGAACUAAAGGACUAUUUUGAUAGUGUGGAUAAAAGAGACUCAGCAAAUCAGUUAUUCCGCCGAAGCCUAUACAAACGAUCAAAACUAUUUGAUGCCAGAAAGUCGUCAUCCAUUCUAUCUAGGGAUGCCCGUAUGAGGCGGUGGGCCAUCAAGAAAUCUGAAAAUGGUUAUAAGAGAAUGGAGGAAUUCCUUCUUUCUGGUCUUAGAGACAUCAUGGUGGAGAAUACAUUUGAGUUUUUUGUGCCCAAGGUUGAAGAAAUUGAAUAUAGAAUUAAAAAGGGUUAUUACAUUGGCCAUGGAUUGAGCUCUGUUAAGGAGGAUAUUAGUCGAAUGUGCAGAGACGCAAUAAAAGCAAAGAAUCGGGGUGAUGCUGGAGACAUGAAUCACAUUAUUACAUUAUUUAUUCAACUUGCCACACGUUUGGAAGAGAGUUCAAAGUCAUCUUAUGAAAGAGAUGAAAUGAUGAAGUCAUGGGAAGAUGAUUCAACAGGUGUCUCUAAGUAUAAGAAGAAGGUCACUAAAUCUUUGACUGAAAGGAAGUACAUGAAUAGGAGUAAUGGCACUUCCUUUGCAAAUGGUGGUUUGGAUCAUGGAGAGUAUGCAUCUGAUCGAGAAAUCCGAAGGCGUUUAUCCAAAUUGAAUAAAAAAUCUAUGGACUCAGAGAGUGAAACUUCUGAUGAAGGGUCUUCUGAAGAUGGCAAGAGUGAUAGCGAGAGUACAGCCUCAGAUACAGAAAGUGACUCGGAUUUGCGAUCAGAAGCUCGAACUACUGAGUCAAGGGGAGAUGGAUACUUUACCCCAGAUGGUGCUUUGGAUUCAAUGACUGAUGAUCGUGAGUGGGGGGCUCGCAUGACAAAAGCAAGCCUGGUUCCUCCUGUUACCAGAAAAUAUGAAGUCAUUGAUCAAUAUGUUAUUGUUGCGGAUGAGGAGGAUGUGCAACGAAAGAUGCGAGUAUCUUUACCAGAGGACUAUGCUGAGAAGCUCCAUGCCCAGAAAAGUGGCACUGAGGAGUCAGAUAUGGAACUUCCUGAAGUCAAGGACUAUAAACCUAGAAAACAGCUUGGAGAUGAGGUCAUAGAGCAAGAGGUUUAUGGAAUUGACCCCUAUACUCACAAUCUUUUGCUUGAUUCCAUGCCAGAUGAGUUAAAUUGGACUCUCCUGGAGAAGCAUUUGUUUAUUGAAGAUGUGCUCCUUCGUACUUUGAAUAAGCAAGUUAGGAACUUCACUGGGAGUGGAAACACUCCUAUGAUGUUUCCAUUGCAGCCUGUUAUUGAAGAUAUUGAAAAAGCUGCUGAGGAGGACCAUGAUAAACGAACUGUGAAAAUGUGUCAAGGUAUUCUGAAGGCUGUAGAUAGUCGUCCUGAUGACAAAUAUGUUGCUUACAGAAAGGGGCUUGGUGUUGUUUGCAACAAAGAAGGUGGUUUUGGAGAAGAAGAUUUUGUCGUGGAGUUUUUGGGAGAGGUUUAUCCUGUUUGGAAAUGGUUCGAAAAGCAAGAUGGGAUUCGAUCUUUGCAGAAAAACAGUAAAGAUCCAGCUCCAGAAUUUUACAACAUCUAUCUAGAAAGGCCAAAGGGUGAUGCUGAUGGGUAUGAUUUGGUUGUUGUUGAUGCUAUGCAUAAGGCAAACUAUGCAAGUCGAAUAUGUCACUCAUGCCGUCCUAAUUGUGAAGCAAAAGUUACUGCUGUAGAUGGUCAUUACCAGAUUGGAAUCUAUUCUGUACGUAAAAUUCAAUAUGGCGAGGAGAUCACAUUUGAUUAUAACUCUGUUACAGAGAGUAAGGAAGAAUAUGAAGCGUCGGUUUGUUUGUGUGGCAGUCAAGUUUGCCGGGGCAGCUACUUGAAUCUAACAGGCGAAGGGGCUUUUCAAAAGGUUCUGGAGGAAUGGCAUGGAAUUCUGGACCGUCAUCAGUUAAUGCUUGAAGCUUGCGAACUAAAUUCAGUAUCUGAAGAGGAUUAUCUUGACUUGGGGAGGGCUGGUUUAGGCAGUUGCUUGCUUGGCGGGUUGCCUGAUUGGGUGGUAGCCUAUUCAGCUCGCCUGGUGAGGUUUAUAAAUUUUGAAAGAACAAAGCUGCCUGCGGAGAUUCUAAAGCAUAAUUUGGAGGAAAAAAGGAAAUAUUUUUCAGAUAUAUGUCUUGAAGUUGAGAAGAGUGAUGCUGAGGUUCAGGCUGAGGGUGUCUACAAUCAAAGGCUUCAGAAUUUGGCUGUGACUCUUGACAAGGUGAGAUAUGUUAUGAGAUGCAUUUUUGGUGACCCGAAGGAAGCACCACCCCCUCUGGAGAAGCUGAGCCCUGAAGAAAUUGUUUCCUUACUCUGGAAAGGAGAGGGAUCGUUUGUUGAGGACCUUCUUCAGUGCAUUGCUCCUCAUGUGGAAGACGGCAUAUUAAAUGACCUCAAGUCCAAGAUUCGUGCUCAUGAUCCACCAGGUUCCAAUGACAUUCAGAAAGAACUUCAGAAAUCUUUAUUAUGGUUAAGGGAUGAGGUCCGAAAUCUUCCAUGUACCUACAAGUCUCGGCAUGAUGCUGCAGCUGACUUGAUCCAUAUUUAUGCUUACACAAAAUGCUUCUUCAGAUUACGGGAGUAUAAAGCUGCAACUUCUCCGCCAGUUUACAUCAGUCCACUUGAUUUGGGCCCCAAGUACACUGAUAAAUUAGGGGCAGGUUUCCAGGAGUAUUGCAAGACCUAUGGUGAGAAUUAUUGUUUAGGGCAGCUGAUUUCUUGGUAUAACCAGACUAAUGCGGAGCCAGAUUGUAGCCUUGUUAAAUCGAGUAGGGGUUGCUUGUCAUUGCCCGAAAUUGGUUCCUUCUAUGCCAAGGUUCAGAAACCAUCACGGCAUCGUGUUUAUGGCCCAAGGACUGUGAGAUUUAUGCUGGCAAGAAUGGAGAAGCAGCCCCAGAGACCAUGGCCUAAGGACCGAAUAUGGUCCUUUAAGAGCUCUCAAAAAGUUUUUGGCAGCCCAAUGUUUGAUGCUGUUUUAACUAAUACUCCACUAGAUAGGGAGAUGGUGCAAUGGCUGAAGCACAGACCUGCCAUAUUUCAGGCCAUGUGGGAUCGCUGAACUAUUGCAAGGGAUUGGGGAAGCAGCAAGCAUCGUUAGCCAACUCUUUGUAAAUUGUUUUGGAAUGAUUUGUCAAUUUUAGUUCACAGCUGCCCCUUUAAUGUGGGAGUUGGAAAUCAUUCCAAAGCAUCAUUUGUUUUGUACUGCUUUUCCAGUUUUCCUCAUUCUUGUGUACAGUUUUUCUUCACCUUUAUGAUUUGUAAUUCAUUAUCUGGUAGCAAAUAGCAUUGAUUUUCUCUUUAAUUUAUGAAAAAGAAAAUGAAAAGUGAAAAGAAAAAGUAGAAGGCAUUAGCUGUUUCUCUGUCUCUUAACAGUUUCCAAAUCAGUUUGUGCAAUCCUUUCCCAUCAUAGAGUAAGGCGCUUGUAAUUGAUCGGCAACGUUUUAGAGAUUGUCGUGCCAAUUUUAUAUAUGAUGAUAGGUAAUUUGAAAAUUUAA